UAUUCUGACUUCUAUGGACUAUUAGGCUGACAGAUAACAAACACCCAUCAGCUGUGCGUGUUUGCGUUCGCAUUAACUCAACCACAUGUCAUGCUAAACGUAAACCCCAGCAUCCUGUUUUGCCUUUUCUCAACUUUUUGUGUGUACAUAUGACCUGUUGCUAUCUGAACGUGCUCCACUGCCAGCCAGGCUCUUUCUUUGUGUGUUGUUUCCAAGUGAGGCUGAAUUCGAUUUUAAUUUGCGCCGGGAAGGUAUCAUAUCCUUUCUGGUUGUCAUGGAAAUGAGAUGCCUCUCAGUCACUGGCACAAUGAAGAGCGGAGUCAGACGCACAAAUGGGUCUGAGUGGAGAAUAGUCCAGCCUACAUUCAUGCAGGGUCUGGGAGAGUAGACUUAAUACUCUUUGAUUUCGUCCUUUCCCCAUUUUUAUAUUAGACUCUUAGGGUUUUAUGAAGUUGAUGUGUCGCUAAUUGUGUUUUUUAUUAAUCUGGCAAUAGUGUGAUUGGAAGCGAUUGUUUGCUGCUUUCUUAUGGAAAAUACUAGGACCGUGUUAGUUUUUCCAUUAACUUUUAUCUAUGUACACGGAAAAAACAUUAAGACUUUGUAAUUAGGUCAAAUGAUUAAAGUAGUGGUCAGUCACAUUGUUCCAUAUGGUCUAAGAGGGGGCGGGGGGGAGACACACACACAGCCACGGGCAUUUCUACAUUUCUUGCACCUAAAGUAAUUUCCCUUGAAGACAUGUGUUGAUAGCACGUUGUGAUCUAUAUCUUUUGCGCUUUAGGCCAUUUCUGGGGAAAACUCACCAAGCUUGAGCACACUUUACGCACAGAGGCAGCCACUUCUGACAGCCUCCCCUCUCGGGGCUGAUUUACAGUACUCAUAUAUUUCUCUUCUCUCUCUCUUUCGCCUUUAUAUUCCCUCUGUUUGCUGGAAGCCUUCUCUUGCCCCCUGUCUGUCCGGGGUUAUUGGUGUGAGGGGCUACCGGGGCCUAUACCGGCGCUCCGGAGCGCGUGUUUUGCGGCUCUUGUGUCGUUCUCUUGGUUACUGGUGGGUGAGCGCGUUAUUGGGGCCAGAUCCCCUCCUUCGCGGUGUUCUUUUGAGAACGAAGCACAAGCGAGUGGAGACUAGUUUGAGAAACAGACCCUGUCUUAGUUUCGAGAUGGAAAUGCUAAUAAACAUUUAAUGCGCAAUUACGCACGUUUCCAUUUUUGCCUCAAGAAGUUAUGUAAGAACAGCAGCAUCAUUUUCCUGCUAUGCUCUUAUCAAACAUGAAUGUUUUCCUCUUUUUUUCCCCCCAAAGCCCAUUCAAGGCUAUACUCCUAAUUGAAUAAUGACUUAAUUGUUCCAAAUCAGCUCUAAUCAAAUAAAUGUUAUACAACUAUUUUUGUUUAUUUCUGUAUAAUUUAAUACGAUGCUUUAGGUUUCUAGACUAUAAAAAUAACAUCCUGACCAACAGAAGCACAAAAAUAGUUGUAAUGUUUUUUCUAAAAACUGGGAUUAGUUUGAGAGAAAGUGCAAAUAAAAAAAAAAUGAACGGUUGUCGUGGAGAUUAUUAAUAUUGUUGACACUAAUACCCAAAUGAUGGUUGUGAUUGUUGUGGCUUGCGCAAAUGAACCCGCUGGACGACAGUGAGUGGUCUUACAACUUAAACCGUAUCACUGAUUUUCUCUGCUUGUAAAGAGAGGGAGAGAGGGAGGAGAGAGAGAACGAGAAACAUAUAAGACGAUGUUUGACAGAAAGGGGGCGCUAUGGGUCUUGAAAUCCGCCAGCAUCUGAGCCUCCUCUUGCAGUUGACAGGGAGCUGGAGGCGCACGGCACACAGGAGCCCCGCUGGUUGAAAGGUUUCAGGUCCGACUCUCCCAGCACUUCCAGUUCAUUAAGUCUGCCGCUCUGGAUGAACCUUGAGCGGACUGGUACGGCCGAGAUCAGAGGCAGGAGUACUGAUGGCCCGGACGCGCUGUUUUUAAAAAUAUUCACCUUUAUAGGCAUAGGUUCGGAAGAGCGCGCCCAGCCGAGCUCGGAGCCCCGGCGAUCGGAUCCCUCCUGUGCCACGUCCGCCGAGUCCUCCCCGCUCCAGGAGCCUUGCCCCGGCCGCAGCCACGACACCCCUAAACCCCGGACACUCAGCACCAUUCAGCGCGAAGCUCUUUCACCAGACAUGCCCUGUGUGCAGGCUCAGUACGGGCCGGCCCCUCCAGGCUCCGCUUACUCCGGCCAGUCCUUCGGCUACCAGGGUGACAGCUACAGCUCUGACCUUAUGACCCCGGACUACACCAAGCUGGACCUGGGUGGGGGUGAGAUCUCUGCUGCUGCCACCACCUCCCUCCCGAGCUUCAACGUCUUUGUGGAGGGCAGCUACGAGCCCAAGUCCUCCUGCCUCUACCAGAUGCCCCCCCACAGGCCUACCAUUAAGAAGGAGGAGGAGAGUUACCCAACUGCCCCGCCCAUGGAGGCCAUGACCUCCACCACCAUGUACUUUAAGCAGUCCCCUCCAUCCACCCCCACCACCCCAUCCAUGACACAGCAGCCUGGGACCUCCUUCAUGUGGGACGAACACUCCUUGGGCCCCCAGUCUCACCCUCACUCCAUGGGCUCGGGCCUCGAGUCGGGACCCCUCAAGUCCCCUCGCUUUUCGCACUUUUACCAGCACUCCCCGCCUCACAGCGGCGGCAGCGUUGGCGGCUACGAGAGCCUCGGAGGGGGGCUAGUUCGCACCUCAUCCUCUUCGUCCUCAUCUUCUUCGUCAGUGUCCCACCCGCACGGCCAGCACCUGGAGCAGCCCAUGUACCAGCUGCACCGCGGGGCCGGGGGCAGCAGCCUCGCCUUCCGCUCCCUGGCUCUGGGACCGUGUGGCCCCCUGCUAGGGGACAGCCUGCCCUCGCCGCCCCCUCGGGGCCCACAGGGAGAGGGGACCUGCGCGGUGUGUGGGGACAACGCAGCAUGCCAGCACUACGGCGUGCGCACCUGCGAGGGCUGCAAGGGCUUCUUCAAGCGCACCGUGCAGAAAAACGCCAAGUAUGUGUGUCUGGCCAGCAAGAACUGUCCUGUGGACAAAAGGAGACGCAACCGCUGCCAGUACUGCCGCUUUCAGAAGUGCCUAAGCGUGGGCAUGGUGAAAGAAGUGGUCCGUACUGACAGCUUGAAGGGCCGCAGAGGACGGCUGCCCUCCAAACCCAAGAGCCCACUGCAGACAGAGGCGUCCCCGCCGUCGCCCCCGCUCAGCCUGCUCUCUGCUCUGCUCAGGGCUUACUCCCACUGCACACCGCGAGACCUUGACUACAGCCAGUUCAGCGCCGCCGACCCUCCGUCCUCCACCUCAGACGCGGAGCACAUCCAGCUCUUCUACAGGCUGCUCACCAUCUCGAUGGAGACCACAAGGUGCUGGGCCGAGCGGCUGCCGGGCUUCGCCGAGCUCCAGCGUGACGACCAGAACCUGCUUAUAGACUCAGCCUUUUUGGAGCUGUUUGUCCUGCGACUUGCAUACAGGUCUAUGCUGUUGGAGGACAAGCUGGUGUUCUGCAACGGCUUGGUGCUGCACAGGUUCCAGUGCCUUCGUGGGUUUGGAGAGUGGCUGGACUCCAUCAGGGAUUUCUCUACCCACCUUCAGACCCUCAGCCUCGAUGCGUCUGCCUUCGCUUGCCUGUCUGCCCUCGUUCUGCUCACAGAUCAAGUCCCGGGUCUGAAGGACUCGAAGCGCGUGGAGGAGCUGCAGAAUAAAGUCAUCUGCUGUCUCAGGGACCACCUGGGCUGCGGGGCGUCCUCCUCCUCCACCAAGGCCGCGCCUCCUCUGAGCCGUGUGCUGGGCCUGAGGGCAGAGCUCCGCUCGCAGAGGACCCAGGGCCUGCAGCGGAUCUUCUACCUGAAGCUGGAGGACCUCGUGCCGCCGCCGCCGUCAAUCGACAGAUUCCUGGACACCCUGCCCUACUGAGGACUCGGGCUGAGCGCGGUGACAUAAACCCACGUCGACGUCCUGUUCAGGCCUUUUAACCCCCCGAUUCCCCAAAGGGGGAGAGAGAGAGAAAAAGAGAGACUCUCCGUUCUGGCCGACGCAGAGCUGAGAGAGCAAAUCGAAAGCCUCUUGCUCAGUGGGGGGCUGGGGGGUGUGUGAACCAAACGGACAACCAACGAAGACGCUUUUCAUCUGUAAAAAAAAAAAAGAAAGAAAGAAAGAAAGAAAAAUAGACAAUAACUCAAAGACGCUUUGCAACCUUUUAUUUGAUCCUCCACUCUUUGUCUUGUGGGGGAGGAUGAUGAAGCUGAGUUGCACAGCAGAA